AUGCCUGUCUACAACACCCCCUACACCCAGAACCUGCUCAAGAGAGCAUCAUACAGCCCUGCGUACCACUCCCCUUACGGACCUCAGUACACCAUUCCUGUCCACUGGCAUGGCUUAACCAUCCCUAAGGUCACCAAGGCUGCCACUAUUGCUAGCGGAUUCGGUGUUGCCGCCGGUAUUUUCGCCGUCUUCUUCUUCGGCGAAGUUCCUCGUGUCAGGAAAGACAUUCUCCAGAAACUUCCUUUCUUUGACAAGUACUUGGACCGCACCGUUCCUCCUGAGGACAGCCCCUUCUAA